CCAUUCCCGACCGGUUCGGCCCGAUCCAGACUCGGCGCUCUGACAAAUUCUCCAGGCCUGUGCGUUUUUGAUGGAACUCCAGGUGAUCGGCUGCGUUUCCUCAGUCUUUGGAACGAUGCUGAACUGACCCAAGUAGAUCUCAAAUUGCUCACUUCACUGCAAAAGCAGCUUCCCAAACUGUGCACGGAUUUGGAGAGUCACACUGCACACCGUGCAUCCAAAUUUCGUGAACUAUACGGUCUUGUCUGUGGCUCCAGUCCAGUUGCGUUGAAGGAUUUUGGGGGCAGCGUAGUGUGA